UGAGCGUUUAGCUAUCAUUGUGUAAUAAGUCUGCACGCGGUCGUGUACUAAAGUUACGGUAUUUACAAUAUAUAACGUUUAUAAUAACUAUAUAUAAUGGAAAAGUAUGUAAGUGUAAAGGAUUUUGAAGAUGCAGCUACAGUGAUAUUGCCAAAAGCUGCCAGAGAUUACUAUAGAAGUGGAGCAACAGAUGAACAAACAUUGGCUGACAAUAAACUAGCUUUUCUAAGACUACGCAUACGUCCUAAAUGUCUGGUGGGAAUCACGCGAUGUGACCUUCGUACCACUAUUUUAGGCCAUGAAAUUUCCAUGCCAAUUGGUAUAUCUCCAACGGCCAUGCAGAGGAUGGCACAUCCGGAUGGUGAACUCGCUAAUGCCAAAGCUGCGCAAGCGGAGCGAAUUAUCUUUACUUUGAGCACUAUAGCGACUAGCUCAAUAGAAGAGGUGGCUUCCGCUGCACCGGAAGCGAUUAAAUGGUUUCAACUUUAUAUUUAUACAGACAGAGAGAUCACAAGAAAUUUAGUUUUAAGAGCUGAUAAUGCUGGAUUCCAAGCUAUUGCUCUUACAGUGGAUACACCCUUAUUUGGAAUUCGGCGAGCUGAUAUUCGGAAUAAGUUCACACUCCCUCCGCAUUUGAGUUUUGCUAAUUUUGAAGGGCAUUUAGCCACUAAAAUUCAUGACACUGAGGAGGGCAGUAGUGGACUAAAUAAUUAUGUAAAUAAUUUAUUUGAUAAAACUUUGACUUGGGAGGAUGUGAAAUGGUUAAAAAGUAUUACGAAAUUACCAAUAGUAGCAAAGGGUAUACUUCGUGCUGACGACGCUGUGAUGGCUGCGCGGGCAGGCUGCUCCGCCAUACUUGUAUCCAACCACGGCGCGAGGCAACUAGACGGUGUACCGGCAACUAUUGAAGCACUACCUGAAAUUGUAAAAGCCGUGAGAGACUACAACGUUGAAGUAUAUUUGGACGGCGGUGUGACAAGCGGCACAGAUGUCUACAAAGCCUUAGCACUAGGAGCCAAAAUGGUUUUUAUUGGGCGACCUGCAUUGUGGGGACUAGCUGUGGGUGGACAGGCUGGUGUCCAGAAAACCCUCAACAUUCUGCGCACUGAACUGGAAUAUACUUUCCAAAUAGCAGGAACUCCAACAGUUGCUGAUGUGACAAGUGAUAUGGUGCGUCACGAAUCUAGUUAUUGUAAAUUAUAAUAACUAAUUUAUAGUUUUUUUUUGUAUAAUACAAAUACACGG